AUGGUCAGGAGAGCCGCAUCCACCCCUGGUUAUGAGAGUGUACUUCCCGUCUUUCUGGUACAGGGCGGUAGUGGAGCCCUAGUACCGGACGACCUAUGGCUUUCCCAGGCCUACCCCGGCAGUAAGAGUUCAUGGUAUAACUGGAAUAUAACUGGAAUCUUUGAAAACUGGAAGUUCCUGGUCCUUUCAGUACCCCUGGAUGAGAUUGUAAAACCUAUCCCGCUUUUUGCAAGCCACGAUGGAUGCCCCACAGUCCAACGUCCACGUGAAGACACUGCAGAUAUUAGACCGCUUCCAUCCGUCUUGCAAAAUGCGGUUACUCAGCGCAUUGGGCCAAACGUGUCUUCUUUCGGACUCCAUUGCGAGGAAAACGGAGUCCUCCCAAACAAGUGGCUUGAGAGUAUCGUCCGUGAUGAACAGAGAGCUACCUGA